AUUUAUCUCUGGUAUAAACAAGAGCGAUGUUGACCAAGACCUGUUUAUAUACUUUUACACUUAUAUCCUUUGGCUUGUGCUUAGAUUCAGCCCCUCAGGAAUGCAUUGUUAGAGAUAGACAAGGCUGGGCAAGAGGCCAGUUCACUGCAAAUGAAGCAAGAGCUUCCACCAAAGUAGGGAACAGGUUAGGUUAUUAGAACGCGUGUGUGUGUUGUUUUUCAAAUCCCAACAAUGCAACAAUAUCCCUGGGAAAUGGCUGGCUUGACUGGAACUGGCUGCUGGCAGUAUCCCUUUCCUAAAACAGCUGUACCAGCAGCAAUGUUUGCACCGCUGAAAAGGGUGCUUUAUAAUUAGAGGUACCAAACGUAUUAUCCAAAAUCCAGUGAGGAAGAUUUGUGUAUUGAAACAACUUUCAAAAAUAGAAGAGGAACGGUGGUGUCCUGGAGUCCAUAAUGGGUUUUCUAACACAUUCAAUGCAUUGAUCAACUGCAAUUGAAGCUUGCCGUGGGAGUCUAAAUGCUUAUUCACCAAGUGAAAAAGAAGCCAGAUUAGCCAGAGUUUGUGCGUAAAAAGAUAACAUUUUUGGAUGAAGCUUCUCUGAAGGCGAAAGGGGGUGUGCGGCGUGUUUGCUGAUUUGGCUUCUCUCCAACGACACCAGAGAUCAUGAGCAAGAGGAUUUCCCCUUGGGAUGGGGACUUGAACUGAAAGACCGCAACAUCCCCCUGCUGUUUGUUUCUGCGCCAAAGAUGAUCCUUGACGUUAGCUUGAUGCAGCCUGCUGUUUUAAGGCCUACUCCUGAUCCUUGUUUGGCUCGGACCCUAUGAGACUCUCCGCCCCAGUUCCUGCCUUGUUGUGGAACCCGCAGGAUGGGGAGCAGUAGUUCAGCACUGAAAGUUUGCACUGAACACCAGGGAGGCAUCAACUGGCUGAGCCUCAGCCCAGACGGCCAGUGGCUCCUGACAGGUAGUGAAGAUGGCACUGCACGGCUCUGGAGCACUGCAGACAGCCAGUGCAGGGCCCAUUUUCAAGGACAUGAAAGCUACAUCACAUUUUGCCACUUAGAAAAUGAAGCUGCUUUUACAUGUAGUGCGGAUCACACAAUUCGAAAGUGGGACGUGAUGACAGGCCAGUGCCUGGCAAUUUACCGAGGGCACACAUCGAUUGUGAACAGGAUUCUGGUUUUCAAGGAUUAUCUCUUCAGUGGCUCCUAUGACAGGACAGCACGGUGCUGGAGUGUGGAUAAGGAGAAGCCCAUCCAAGAGUUUCGAGGCCACCGCAACUGUGUUCUGACAUUGGCUCUUUACUCCUCCAAGGAUGUCCUUGAGGAUUCAGAAGAGGAAGAGCUGGAGGAGGAGAAAUUGAGCAGGGGCUUCUUGGUGACAGGGAGCACAGACUGCACUGUCAAGGUCUGGUGGGUGUCCAGUGGGCGCUGCCACCAAACCCUGCUGGGACACACUGGGGCCGUCUUAUGUCUUAUACUUGAUGCUCCAAACAGGGAGCUUUUUUCAGGCAGCACUGAUUACACCAUUCGGACUUGGAACAUCGUGACUGGCGAGCAGCUAAGAGUGUUCAAAGAGCAUCAAGGAUCUGUCAUUUGCCUAGAGCUUGUGAAUCGGCGCUUGUAUUCAGGGAGUGCAGACAGGACGGUGAAAUGCUGGUUGGCUGAUACCGGGGAGCGAGUCCGGACAUUCAAGGCUCACAAGCACAGCGUCAGCACUUUGAAAUACCAUGCUGGAAUAUUGUUUACAGGAAGUGGUGACGCCUGUGCUCGAGCUUUUAAUACCAAGACCGGUAUCCUGCAAAGAGUGUUCCGAGGACACAAGCUGGUUAUUAACUGCAUCCAGAUUCACAACGAAUUACUGUACACGGCCUCUCACGACGGCACGCUAAGGAUCUGGGACAUACGGCAGAUCAGCAAGCGGAGCAAGCGGCGCUGGAAGGAGAGGUCAAUCCAGGGCAGGCGUUCUCAGAAGGGAAGCCUGUCUCGGCUCUUCAACAACAAAGUGGGCUGCAUGGUGCACCAGGAAAACAGGGGGGAGCAGGAGGCCGUGGAGCUUGUGUGAUGGCUGGGCUGGUGCAAGAGGACAGGAACCAUCCAGUCAACUACAUAAGGGAACGCCUGAACCAACUGACCUACCAAGCCAAAUGCACCCUGUAGCUCAUUAUACUGAGUAGGCCUAUCAGGGGCUCAAAUUCCAUGUCCUGGCAUUUCUGCCCGCUUGCCGUAAUCAAGCACCUGGCCGGCCACACCCUUAUAUCCUGAGUGGGCUGCGUUCAGCAAGGUCGGUCACAAGCUGUGUAGGCACGAUCCUGGCCUGAUGCUGAUGAAAUGGCAGCAAAAAAGAAGCAGGGAGGUGAACUAUGACAAAUACCUAUUUCACGAAGACGAAUAUUUGCUAUUCUCGCAAACAUAUAGAAAUGCCCGUUUUGUUGGCCAACCACAUCACACACCAUUUGUCGCCCACAGAGCUGUCUCACCCUGCAUGCUGCAUGCGCAGAUUUCUAAGCAACUGGGCCCGCAGAGCCAGUACCACUAGGAGCAGCCCAGAAAGGGAGGGGGCAAGGAAGACUCAGGGGUGGAAGACAGAGCUUUAACAGGUCAGUCAUAGAAGGUUGUGGAGCCUGAUGUCAUGUUGUCAUGCUGACCUGGAAAGGUAUUUAAUGGUACAUGCAGGAAAAAGCAGUUGCUGUGCAUUGGAUGCGCACUUAAUCCCUUGUUAACAACACAUUCCCAUUCCAUAAUUUAACACCAGGGGAAACUGCUUCUCUGGGUUCUGCAGCAGAGCCAGCUAAGCAGAGCACUGGUUACUGGUCUGUAAUCCCUCGUUCUCCUCAGAGCAGUUUUGCAAUUAUUUGCAAAUGAAUCAUGCUAAAUGGAUGGAUAAGUUCAUGAAUGAUGUGGCACUUUUACAACCUCCCCCCCCCCCAGUAGAGCAUGAUGCAUAUGCAAAGCAUAUUGCAUCCAAGGUGGAAUCACAGCCACCCACCAACCAGCACUUUGCAUAGCUUCCUUUCCACUUAGGGAACCAGCGCAUUUCCACAUCUGCACUAGGCCAUGGCUUAGCUUAGCGUAGUGUGGUGUGCAGAAAUUGCAAUUGUGGUGGGUUGUGAGCUUAUGCACUGGCCUCUCCAAGUGGCCCUUAAACAAGAGUUCGAUCUACAGACGAGUAUAUUCAGCUCCAGGCCACAAAAAGCCUCACUUACUGAUUUGUUUUUCAAACUUCCGUUAAAAGCUAAAGGCUGGAUUCUUAAAAGCAAAACUGGGUUUCUGGGCGAGAGGUUUCUGGCAACAUUUGGGAACUGGAAAAUGGUUGGGCUUGUCUUCAUCAGGAUACGGUUGGAGGAAAUUUGUCUGGGUUCUAUCAGGGUAAAAUAUGGAGGUUUUUUUGUAAGUGGGUAGGUACUUGUGAUAAUCUUCAUGGGGACUGGUGAUGGAAGGAGGGUCUGACGUAAGCUCUUUCAGAAGUAAAGGUGUGUAGGUUCCUUGGUGGCAGAAGGAGCAGGGAGAUACAUCUCCUGUCCUUUACUGGAGAGGAACCCUUGCAGCAAAGAUGUGUGUGUGAAUGUAUGGAAUAAGGGCCCAGCAGAGUGACUUGGAACCUGUCCUUGAGAUGGGACGUGUGUGGAGUGGAAGCUGUGUGAGCUGUUUUUCUGUUCAUGAAAGACAAAGGAAGUGGAGGCUAGCAUGAGGCUUUGGAAGACCUCUGUUGCUUGUGUGGCUGAGCUUCUCCACCUGUGGAAGCAAUCCCUUACCCUGGUUUUCUCCUUUCUCCCCGAUGUUUGUUUUAGAUAACCACUGAGCCAUAAAUAUGUAACUAUGAUGUUGUGGAUUUUGUUGUAGCAGCGUGUAACUGAAACAAGUACUUUAAUCACUUGUGUGUGGCUUUCUUUGUUGUGUAGCGUACCGAGCCAGUGCCUGUGACAAGGGUGUGUGUGUGUAAUAAAAACUGUCAUAGAGAUAACACUUAACGUGUUCAUUUUUUCCCUUUUGGACUGAUUUUAAUAACAACAGGAGAA